CGUGCGAGAACGAGAACUCGUUUUAUUUAUAAAUGAUUUAAUUCAGAAGCAAGGCAGUUAUGUAAUUUUUUGAAUAUAUGUGAUAAGAAAAACAUUUAAAAUUAUAUUAGUGUUAAGUAGAAUUUACGUGAAAGUAAGAUGUGGGUUUAUUUUAAUAGAAUUUUUGCUGCGGUGUUGAUUAUAUUGGCAGUGUCAGCAAGGGAAUCGAAUUCCCAAAAACUUACUGUUGAUGGAUUUAAAGGUGAUCCUAUAGAAGAAUUUCGUCAGGAAUAUUCUACGUUUUUAAAAAAGGGCGAAGUAUCAAAGAAGUUACAAAAACUUACUGAUUUACUAUUAAAACCGAGUGAUGAAAAUGAUUGUGCAAAAUGCCAAAUUUUGGCAACAUUUGCAAUCGAAAGAAGACGUAAUGGGACUUCCAAUGCAGAGAUGAAUUCUUUGAUGAAUGAUAUGUGUAUAAGAUUUAAAUAUAUGGAUAGGAAAAUGUGUGAAAACAUGAUAUAUAUGCAUUUGGAUAUCGUACUGUAUAUAAUUGAUAACACUCCAGGGCUAACCAGUAGCCAAGUUUGUGGUCUUGCAUACAAUACAGGACAUUGUACCCUUACUGAUCCUCGAUUUGAUUGGAAAAUUGAUAUUGAUAAUAAUAAACCAAUAAAUAUACCAAAACCCAAUCUAGUCAACCAUAUAACAUUCAACAUCCUCCAUUUGUCCGAUAUACAUUAUGAUCCAAAGUAUGAAGAAGGAAAAAAUGCCUUAUGUGGACAAUCAGCCUGCUGCAGGAAUGAUCAAGGGCCUCCUGAUCAUAAGGAGGAUGGUGCAGGAAAGUGGGGCGACUACAGGGGAUGCGAUACGCCCAAGAAGGCGAUGGAAGAUGCUAUUCAGCAUAUAAAAUAUAAACACCGGGAUAUCGAUUUUGCUUAUUUUACUGGAGAUAUGAUAGAUCAUGCCAUGUGGGAAACAUCGACCGAAAGCAAUAUAAAAACAAUGAAAGAAGUGUUAAUUGCUAUUUAUCCACUAGCUCCUAAAUUAUAUCCAGUUUUGGGUAAUCAUGAAUCACAUCCCGCCAAUUUAUUUUCUCCAACAAAUGUUACUGAUACGGUUAGCACCCAAUGGCUAUAUAAUGCAUCAGCAGAUGUGAUCAGCUUAUUUAUGUCUAAUAAAGCUGCUGAGACAAUUAGAAAUGGAGGUUAUUAUACUGUACAACCUAAACCUGGACUACGAGUCAUAGCUUUGAAUAAUAAUGUGGCUUAUAUUUACAAUUUGUGGUUACUGUAUGAUCCUGCAUUCCCCAAAAAGCAAUUGCAAUGGUUACAUGAUACUCUGUUAGAAGCAGAAAGAACUAAUGAAAAAGUGCACAUUUUGGGACAUGUUCCUCCUGGUGAACCCACUAACUUCAUUACUUGGGACAGAGAAUAUAGGCGCAUCAUCCAAAGAUUUUCGCAUAUAAUAACAGGACAAUUCAAUGGCCACACACAUAAUGACGAAUUUAAGAUUUUCUAUGAUUCUAUGAAUUCAUCACAUCCUAUUAAUGUUGCAUUCAAUGGAGGAAGUAUUACAACUUACGUUAACCGAAAUCCGAAUUAUAAAAUUUAUAAAGUCAACGCAGCAAAUUUUGAAAUCGUCGAUAUUGAAUCGUGGUACUACGAUUUAGCCGAGGCAAAUAAAAAUUCUAUUGUAAACCCAGAGUGGAAGCAAAUGUACGGUUCCUUUAAGACAGAGUUUGGCUUAAAUUCAUUGAACAGUUCAGAAAUGCACAGACUUGUAUUGAAUAUGAAAACCAGCGAUAAACUUGGAAAAAAAUAUUUUGAAUACAAAGUUAAACGUGCUGAUCCUGAAUUAAAAAAAGGCUGUGAUAAAACCUGUCUUAAAAAUCAUAUGUGUGCAAUAGUUACCACAGUUGUAUCAGAUCUCAUCCAGUGCAAAAAUAUCAUCAAAUCAUCAUCAAGCAUUCUUCAGCAUUUGAAUAUAUAUGUCCUAGGAGCUAUUGUAAUUUCCAAUUAUUUAUUAUUAUAAAGUCAUUUUUGUUAAGUUAUUAUAAAUUUAGAAUAAAUCAUUAUGUUGGAAAUAUGUAAACGCUUUGAAAAAGCUAGGAUCAAAUCAAAUAUUUUUUGAAAAAUACGAAAAAAAACAAUUUAGUAAAAAAAACUUAUUUGUAAAGUGAAAUAAAGAUAUCUAUAUAUUUU